AUGGAGAAAACUCAGCUGAUGCCCCAGGGCCGUCGCAUGCCAGAGUUCAAGCUCCAGCCUUCGUACGCAAAGCAGGUGGCCAUCCCCGCGAGCGACCAUGGAGUCUAUGAAGCCAUGAUGUCCUGCCUCGGAGCCGCGAUCGGCUGUCUUGGCAGCAUCCCUGGUUGCUUCAUUUGCCCAAAGUUCGUACCAGUUCGCAUCAAUCCAUUCAAGGUCGUUGACCAAGGCAGCGUCGGGCUGGUGUCUCGCUUCGGAAAGUUCUAUCGCUCAAUCGACCCGGGGCUCUAUCAGAUCAACGUGUUCACCGAAACGCUGCAGGCCGUCGACAUCAAGAUCCAGAUCGAAGACAUCCCACGCCAGGUGGUGAUGACUAGGGACAACGUUGGCGUUGAUAUUGAUUCAGUUCUGUUCUGGCACAUAAGUGACCCAUACGCUGCGACCUUUCAAGUCAACGACGUCCGAAAGGCACUCAUCGAGAGAACCCAGACGACGCUCCGCCAGAUCGUCGGUGCUCGCGUUUUGCAGGACUGCAUUGAGAACCGCGAGACGAUUGCGCAUGAGAUCCAGGACAUCAUUUCUGAGCCCGCAAAGGCCUGGGGAGUCAAGAUCGAGAGCAUCCUGAUCAAGGACCUGCAGUUUAGUCCCGAUCUCCUCGAGAAUCUCAGUGCAGCUGCCAAACAAAAGCGAAUCGGCGAAUCCAAGGUCAUUGCUGCACAGGCCGAAGUCGAAGCCGCCAAGCUCAUGCGCGAAGCCUCGGAUAUCUUGAACACUCAGUCGGCGAUGCAGAUUCGGUAUCUGGAGACGCUGGUAUCGAUGUCAAAGUCGUCUGCGCAAAAGGUCAUCUUUAUGCCCACGGUCGACGAAAGCCUUGCUCUCAUGGAGCCGAAGAAAUGA